AUGUCUCAAGUGUCUGCUCGGACACUGAAUUUGUUGAACCUCGCCAGGAUUCCGGUCCGAAAAGUUCAUGUAGUGAAUGGGAUUACCGAUGCUAUUUUCGUUUAUGAGCACGGUAGUUUUACCAAAACAGAAUUCCUGAUACAUUUUCUGAAGAACCCUCAGACUAUUGUAGGUCAAAUAAAGACUAACAAUGUUUCCAUUGAUAUUUGUGAGAAGGACGUAAGGGAAAACAUCAUUCGUCUUAAUUCAAACCAAUUCGGCUACGGCCUCAUUCACGUGUUGACACAUCUGGACAAAAUAUUUUUCCGGAUCGAUAUUGCUAUGGGAAUUGAGCACACUACGUUGGUUAGUAUGAGAGGGAUACUAUGCCAUUCCAUUUUCAAAAAGUGUGGUUAUCUACAAUUUCGUGGAGAAACAGAAACAUUAUCGAAUGAGGAUUGUAAUUAUGUUUUGGAGAAAACUGAGCCAACUCGUGGUAUAACUAUCUUUUGCAAAUUGAGCUCAGAUUUCAACUAUGAAAGAAUCCUUAAUUUCUCACGACUUCGUGUGCCAAACGUUGGGAACAUGACCCUUCAAAACUUGAAAAACUUAGAUAGCGAAAUAGCGAACUUGGGAAAUCACCAUUUCAAGGAAGCCGAUAUCAAUGAGUUCCUCCAUCAUUGGCUCAAAGGAAACAGUAGGAAAUUGAGACGUCUGAAGUUAGACGGGUUUAAAGAGGAACCAGAUUGGGAUGCCCUUUUGAAAGAUAUCUCUCAUAAGGAGUGGAAUGAGACGGAAAGAGGAAGACACUACAAAAUAAAGUACACAAGUGAAUGGGAAACUAUCGAUUGUAAACGAGGAAGAGAUUUCAAGGACAAGGAUGGACGCUUAGCUACAGUAGUAAAUUAUUCAGAAUUUCUGGAUUUUCUGGUUUGGAUUGAUCGAUUUCCGUAA